CAAGGAACAAACUUUUGGGCUAGGGUAAACAGAAGAGAUUUAAAAGGCAGCCAUUCAGAUCAGGGAAACGCUGAGGAAAAGGACGCGUUUGGACCACCUCAUUCUUCCUGGCUUGUUUCCUUCUGCACAGCAGGACUGUUCUGCCGUCUCACCAUGAUCCAGGUGGUGCUAUUCCUCUGCUGCGUGUUGCUGUCCCCGGGAGCUGCCUUUCCAAGAAAUGCCCAGAAUGAGGCCCUGAAUGUCCAGCCAUCUGUCACAGAGACUGGGCCUCUGCCUAACGUGCUCUCCAACCAGAUCUCUCUCUCAGGUCCCACGAACUGCCAGGAUCUCUUGCACAGGAUCCUCUCCUUUGCCCCUCUGCCUGACUACCUGUCCAACUUAGUUCUGAUGGUGGCUCUGGAGGAGGCUGACUGCCCAACCGUGCUUGAAGCUCUGCAGCUUCAGCUCACUAAGAUGGGAGGAAAGGAUACCACUGAUAUCCUUAGUGGUGAAAAUCAAAGGCCCAAAGAGGAGAAGGGGAUUGGCAAUACCAAGAUCACUCUGAUGGAUCUGGGGAGAUCCCUAGGGGAGCUCAGGCGGGUCCAGCGCUCAGCUACCCUUCCUGAGGCAUGUUCCUAUCAAUAUGGGUGGGUGCUCCAUGACACAGCAAAGCUGAUUGCUGAAUUUGCUGAGAAGCUACCUUCCUCUGAGUUGACAACAGAGUUCAAGAAUGCUGCCAUCAAUGUCACCCAGCUGUGCACGGAAGACUCUUGGGAUCAUCUGACUGCAAUAGGCCAUCAGCUGAUAGCAAGCCCCCAUAUCAGGGACCACGACUUAUCUACACAGGAUAAGACGUACUUUAUCCAGAAUAUCAUAGCCAUUCUGUUACGCCUUUUAAUACAGGUGUUAAAGAAAGUUUUUGACACUUACUUUGGCUAGGGAAAACCUCUUAGGCAUAUCUCCUUUCUCAGCUGUUUCUGGUAGGCCUCUACAGAGACUGGGCAGAGGAGAUAGCCAGGCAUGCCAGCGAGAGACAGAGGCUCUUCACUUAAGACCAGCAUGACUGGAAUCAGCUCUGCCCCUCUCUUUGUAGGUCCUAGCCUCUCUUUCUUCUCCCAAUUUCUGUUUCAUUCAGUUGUCAGAGACUGUAGACUUUCAAUGUACUAGGCAAGAGGUUAUUGCAAUGUUUCCCCAUUCACCCUUCGUGUACUUUCUAAUUCCCCAACUGAUGCUGUAGCUUGUUUGUAUUACUUUUUCAGCUGGAAAGAGAAAUAAAAAGCUAUUUCAAUAGCACAA